GCGCGCAGAGCAGGGCGAGGAGGCAGGCGCCGGGCUGUACCGCGCGGCGUGCGCCUGGCCACUGACCCACCGCAGGGCUGGCGGGACUUGGGACUGCACGCCACGCCCCCGGGGUUCAAAAGGUGCGGGACCCCGAGCAGGGUUUCGGUGAACUUGGAGGCUGGCGGUGCGAAGCUCCUGUCCGGGAUGCGGCGGCAGCUGCUUCCUGGUUUGAAGCUCACCGGGUGGGGGAGAGCGUGAGCCCGCGGAGGCGGGGGCAGGAGGAGAAGCAGGAGGAGGCGGGGGCGAAAGACGCUUGGGGCUGGAGCUAACCGGACGGGUCGCUCCGGCUCUCCGGAGAGAGGAGCCUCCCGGCUCUGGAGAAGGGGCGAGUCUUGUUCGAGCCCCCGGGAAGUGCCGAGCGUUCGAAAGGAACAGUCGGGCUCACCCGGCCCGCUGCUAGCUCGGCGCCGGGCUCCCCUCCUUUCCACCUCGCGAGGGAGGGCGGGAGGGAGGGAAGGAGGGGAGGGGAAGGUCCCGCGGAGAAGGCAGAAUGGCCCGGCAAGGGGUGCUUGGGCGCUGCUUUUCCCAGGAGCUGACUCCACUCUUGCGGCUGCCGCGAGGGCUGGCCUGAGCAGGGGCUCCAGGCUCUCCCGCUGCGAGCCAGCGCGGCCCCCCGGGGCCGGGGCAGUGGCGCCGGCAUGUCGUCUGGCACCAUGAAGUUCAAUGGCUACUUGAGGGUCCGCAUCGGCGAAGCCGUGGGGCUGCAGCCCACUCGCUGGUCCCUGCGCCACUCGCUCUUCAAGAAGGGAUACCAGCUGCUGGAUCCCUACCUGACAGUGAGUGUGGACCAGGUGCGUGUGGGCCAGACCAGCACCAAGCAAAAGACCAACAAACCCACGUACAAUGAGGAGUUCUGCGCCAACGUCACUGACGGCGGCCACCUGGAGCUGGCCGUCUUCCACGAGACACCCCUGGGCUACGACCACUUCGUGGCCAACUGCACCCUGCAAUUCCACGAGCUGCUGCGCACCGCCGGCGCCUCGGAUACCUUCGAGGGCUGGGUGGAUCUGGAGCCAGAAGGGAAAGUAUUUGUAGUAAUAACCCUAACAGGGAGUUUCACUGAAGCUACCCUCCAGAGAGACCGGAUCUUCAAACAUUUUACCAGGAAGCGCCAAAGGGCAAUGCGAAGGCGAGUCCACCAGAUCAAUGGACACAAGUUUAUGGCUACAUAUCUGAGGCAGCCCACCUACUGCUCUCACUGCAGGGAAUUCAUCUGGGGAGUAUUUGGGAAACAGGGUUAUCAAUGCCAAGUGUGUACCUGUGUUGUCCAUAAGCGCUGCCACCAUCUAAUUGUUACAGCCUGCACGUGCCAAAACAAUAUUAACAAAGUGGAUUCAAAGAUUGCUGAACAGAGGUUUGGAAUCAACAUCCCACACAAGUUCAGCAUCCACAACUACAAAGUGCCAACAUUCUGCGAUCACUGUGGCUCGCUGCUCUGGGGGAUAAUGCGACAAGGACUUCAGUGUAAAAUAUGUAAAAUGAAUGUACACAUCCGAUGUCAAGCAAACGUGGCCCCUAACUGUGGGGUGAACGCAGUGGAGCUAGCCAAGACUCUGGCUGGGAUGGGCCUCCAACCCGGAAAUAUUUCUCCAACCUCGAAGCUCGUUUCCAGAUCUACUCUAAGACGACAGGGAAAGGAGAGCACCAAAGAAGGAAAUGGGGUGGGGGUUAAUUCUUCCAACCGAUUUGGUAUCGACAACUUUGAGUUCAUCCGCGUGUUGGGGAAGGGAAGCUUUGGGAAGGUGAUGCUCGCAAGAAUAAAAGAAACAGGAGACCUCUAUGCCGUGAAGGUGCUAAAGAAGGACGUGAUCCUGCAGGAUGACGACGUGGAGUGCACAAUGACUGAGAAAAGGAUCCUGUCCUUGGCACGCAACCACCCCUUCCUCACUCAGUUGUUCUGCUGCUUUCAGACCCCUGAUCGUCUGUUUUUCGUGAUGGAAUUUGUGAAUGGGGGUGACUUGAUGUUUCACAUUCAGAAGUCUCGCCGUUUUGAUGAAGCACGAGCUCGUUUCUAUGCUGCAGAAAUCAUUUCAGCACUCAUGUUCCUACACGAGAAAGGCAUCAUCUACAGAGACCUGAAACUGGACAAUGUACUGUUGGACCACGAGGGUCACUGUAAACUGGCAGACUUCGGAAUGUGCAAAGAGGGGAUCUGUAAUGGAGUCACCACGGCGACUUUCUGUGGCACACCGGACUAUAUUGCUCCAGAGAUCCUCCAGGAAAUGCUCUAUGGACCUGCAGUAGAUUGGUGGGCAAUGGGCGUGUUGCUCUAUGAGAUGCUCUGUGGUCACGCGCCCUUCGAGGCAGAGAACGAAGAUGACCUCUUUGAGGCCAUACUGAACGAUGAAGUCGUCUACCCUACAUGGCUCCAUGAAGAUGCCACAGGGAUCCUGAAAUCUUUCAUGACCAAGAACCCCACCAUGCGCUUGGGUAGCCUGACUCAGGGCGGUGAGCAUGCCAUCUUGAGACAUCCCUUCUUUAAGGAAAUAGACUGGGCCCAGCUGAACCACCGCCAGCUAGAACCACCGUUCAGACCCAGAAUCAAAUCUCGAGAAGAUGUCAGUAAUUUUGACCCUGACUUCAUAAAAGAAGAGCCAGUUUUAACUCCAAUUGAUGAGGGACAUCUUCCUAUGAUUAACCAGGAUGAGUUUAGAAACUUUUCCUUCGUGUCUCCAGAAUUGCAACCUUAGCUUUAUGGGGAAUGAGAGAGAUGAUAUGAGAAUCACAAGAGGACACAGAUUUUCCAGGAAUUUCCUCUGCAGAGAACCCCACAGCAUCAGCCUUAGAACAACAUUACCGUCAGGGAGCAAGUGGAGAACUCUGAAGGACGGAAGUUCAAGACAUCCACUGUUUCAAGUCCCGAGUGAGCCGUGGCACUGGAAAUAGUUGAUGCUGAAAUGAGAUUUCAUGAAGAAAUAUACUGUUCAACCUAUGAGUCUGGUGGCUAGUUCGGGCUUGGGAUAUUAACAGGAACCAAAAUGAGAGAAGUGUGAAGAAUAAACUAGAUCUUAGAAAUUCUGAGCCAAACAGGCUUUUUAUUUCAAGAGACAAAUCAAGACUUUGUAUGGACCUCUCUUUAAGCCAGUGAGCCCCUAAUACUGGAAGUCCACGAGAAGUCGCUAAAGGCUAAUGAAGAAUCUAAAGGUAAGGAAAUGGAUGGCUUUCCAAAUAAAAUGAUUUACUCUGAAGAAACAAAAACUGGUAUGCAAAAAAAUCAUAACUUAAAGCCCAAUCUUGAAAACAGAUGUUGGACACCAAGACAACGUUCCAGCUUAUUCUCUUAUCCUUACCUUUAUAGAUAUUUAUUUGAGUGCCCAUCAAGAUGGUGCCACAGUACCCAGUAGGGUAAACAGAUCUGCGUUCACCAAGCUUUCAUUCUACAGUCCAUUAAUUUACCUGGUGUUUGCAUUCUGUGAAAUGCCUCUCUACGUUGCAUAUGUCAUACUUUGUCUGCACAUAACUCUUUUUUCACAGAAGGCUCACUGCCGCAACAGCAACUAUCCACACAAUCAGCAGGUAAGCUAGAGGUGCUUGCUUGCCUGCCUGCUGACUCGUGGAAUCUCAUCGUGAGGCAACGUGUCCAUAUUGCCCUGGACUCCUCAGUGAAGAAUCGCACGCCACUCACGUCUAUGACCAGACUUAUGGCUUUUACGUUAGCAGUUUAUUUAAAUUAUAUUUUAAGAGGCGAAGAUGUUUGUUUGGUAUGCAUUUUAAUAAUUAGAAAUGGCUCUUGUAAACAGCACAUUUAUCAAAGAAGGACCUUAUACUAUGUAACCAUAUAUGCAGUUGGAGAAUUUUAUCUGGCUGGAAAUAAAUGCAUUUUGUAGCAAAA